AUUUUGGGAAGCCACAGUAACAAGGGAUGGGGGCCACUUAUCGUUGAAAAUGAAAAGUUCUUGAAAAUUAAAGAAGAAAACCUGACAGUUUUUGGCCCUGUUCCCAAGCUAUGAACAAGUAUCUGCAGAACCUGCUUAGAACUUGCUGGGUCAUGCACAGACUCACUCUGCGCCCCUGUGUGUGCUUCAGAGAGCCACCUAGUCUCCAAAUGCUUUUCUUCUGAAAGUAUGUCAGGACCUGGGUCCUUGCUUCCCAUAUCCCAAAUGAAGACUUAGGUCUUGCUGUGUGACUUGACACUGUUGUUUGCAAACUGUCAAGUUAGCAUUUUUGUUUGGGCUGAAUGGAUGGGGGUAGAACCAUCAGCAUUUGGAAAGUGAAAAGCCCUAGAAGAUAGUAGUGGAGCUUGAAAGAGGAAAUAGGCACUCACUUGAGAGAGCAGGUGAACAUAAUUGACCAAAGUUUUCUUCUGCCUUGCUUUGGUUGCUGUGGCCAGUCUGUUCUGCAUAGUGAUUGUGGGGAUGUUUUGAAAUGCAUCAUUGAGGUCCCCAACAAAUCUUCUGAUAGUGUAAUUUUUGAAAUUGCGUUUUAUUUAAAAUUUUUAUUUUUAUUUUUACUUUUUAGGGUCCUGUGUUUUGCCCUGCUAAUGGUCCCUAGAGGUCUGAGACAGUCUUUCCUAGGAGAAUAUCAAAAAUGUUUCAAAUUCCUGUGCAGAAUCUUGACAACAUUAGAAAGGUGCGGAAGAGGGUGAAAGGCAUCCUUGUGGAUAUUGGACUUGAGAGUUGCAAGGAGCUGCUGAAGGAUCUUAAAGGCUUUGAUCCAGGAGAGAAGUACUUCUAUAACACAUCAUGGGGAGAUGUUUCUCUUUGGGAACCUUCUGGAAAGAAAGCAAGAUACCGAACAAAGCCAUACUGCUGUAGUCUCUGUAGGUACUCAACAAAGGUGCUCACUUCCCUAAAAAAUCACCUGCAUCGUUAUCAUGAAGAUGAGGCAGACCAGGAAUUGAUGAUCCCUUGCCCCAACUGCCCGUUUGCCUCACAGCCCAGGGUGGUGGGCAAGCACUUCCGGAUGUUCCAUGCACCUGCUCGGAAAGUGCAGAGCUACACAGUCAACAUUCUGGGUGAGGCGAAGACAUCGAGGAGUGAUGUGAUAAGCUUCACAUGUUUAAAAUGUAACUUCUCCAACACUUUGUACUACAGCAUGAAGAAGCAUGUGCUGGUGGCCCAUUUCCAUUACUUAAUUAACUCCUACUUUGGUUUUCGAACUGAGGAAACAGGAGAGCAACCAAAAGCAGCAAGUGAACCUGUUUCUGCGGAUAAAAUCCUGCCAUUUGACAAAUACUACUGUAAAAAAUGCAACGCCAUUGCCAGUAGUCAGGAUGCCCUGAUGUAUCACAUUUUGACAUCAGAUGCACAUAGGGACUUGGAGAAUAAGCUGAGGUCUGUGAUUUCAGAGCAUAUCAAGAGGACUGGGUUUCUGAAGCAAAUGCAUAUUGCUCCCAAACCAGUGACCCACUUGGCCUUACCACCAAACAGCAGUGCUUCGAGCAUUACAGUCCCUCCACCCUGCUUCCACCUUGCUUUGUCACAGAACAGUCAAAGGCCUGGCACUGCACAGCCAGUGACUGUGGCCCCAGGCACUUCUGGGAGCCUUACACACUCCCCACCCACCACUGCCCAGUCUCAUGUAGCUCUGGUCUCCAGCUCUUUGCCUGUGUGCCAGAGUAGCCUCACCCUGCAGCCGUCAGCUCCCCCACCUGUCUUCCUCUCACACAGUGUUCCGCUUAAUCAGCCUGUGAGUACUUCUGUGCUGCCUCUGUCUCAGCCAGGCGGGCCUGUGAAUAAGUCUGUUGGAGCAAGCAUCCUUCCUGCGAAUCAAGCCAUGUGCCCCAUGAAUCAAGCUGUCCGCCCUCGAGUUUUGCCCCUCACUCAGCCUGUGGGGCCCACAAAUAGACAUGUGGGUCCCAUAAACAGACCUGUUGGGCCUGGUGUCUUGCCUGUGAGUCCCUCUGUCAACUCGGGGGUUCUGCAGGCUGCAUCUCCAGGGGUGAUUUCUGUGGGUCGUGCAGUUCCAUCGGGAGUCCUUCCUGCAGGCCAGGUGACCCCUGCUGCUGUGAUCCCUGGGCAGACAGCCACUUCUGGUGUCCUGCCUGCUGGUCAAGUGGUCCAGUCAUCAGUUCUUCCUGUUGGCCAGACAGCUCCAUCUCGAGUUCUCCCUCCUGGCCCCUUGAGGGUUCUCCCUGCAGGCCAGGUGGUACCACCUGGGCUGCUUUCCCCAAACCAGACUGUCCCCUCAGGUGUUGUCCCUGUGAAUCAGGGUGUGAGCUCUGGUGUUCUUCAGCUCAGUCAGCCCGUAACAUCAGGAGUCCUUCCUGUGGGCCCACCAGCAAGGCCUGGUGUACUGCAGCUCAGUCCAUCUGUCGGCACCAGCAUUCUGCCUGUGAGUCAGCCAGUGAGAGCUGGAACGUCACAAAACACUACUUUCCUUACUUCAGGCUCUAUUCUCAGACAGCUCAUUCCGACUGGGAAACAGGUGAAUGGAAUUCCCACCUAUACACUGGCCCCAGUGUCUGUCACUCUGCCUGUGCCCUCUGGUGGAGGCCUUGCAACUGUUGGACCAGCACCUCAGGUGCCUGUGCAGUUCUUGCCCUCAAGCUCGGGCACACAGUUGGCCAGCUCCUUGUCCAGCCUGCCGUCUCCACAAGUGCUAGUGAGCCCUGCCCCUAGUGUGUUUGUUCAGGCUACCUCACCUGUGGCAGAUGCAAAUCAGGCACUCAAACAGGCCAAGCAGUGGAAAACAUGCCCUGUUUGCAAUGAGCUCUUCCCUUCCAAUGUCUACCAGGUUCACAUGGAAGUGGCUCACAAGCAGAACGAGUCGCAGCUCUGCCCAGUUUGCAAUGAGCUCUUCCCUGUCAAUGUCUACCAGGUUCACAUGGAAGUGGCUCACAAGCAGAGUGAGUCUAAGUCUGGUGAGAAACUUGAACCUGAAAAGCUUGCUGCAUGUGCCCCAUUUCUGAAGUGGAUGAGAGAGAAGACCGUGCGCUGCCUCUCGUGUAAGUGCCUGGUCUCACAGGAGGAGCUGAUGCACCAUCUGCUCAUGCAUGGCUUGGGGUGCCUGUUUUGCCCGUGCACUUUUCAUGAUGUCCGGGGCCUUGUGGAGCACAGCAGGACUAAGCACCUGGGCAAGAAGAGACUGUCCAUGGACUAUAGUAACAGAGGUUUCCAGCUGGACCUGGAUGCUGACGGGAACCUGCUGUUCCCCCAUCUCGAUUUUAUCACCAUACUUCCACGAGAGAAACUUGGCGAGCGAGAAGUCUACCUGGCUAUCCUUGCUGGAAUACACUCCAAAUCUUUGGUCCCUGUGUAUGUUAAGGUGAGGCCCCAGCCGGAGGUUGCACCAAAGAUACCAAGCAAACAGAAGCUGACUUGCCCAUUUUGCUUUGGCACAUUUAUGGCUGCUGAUGCCUAUGAGUUGCAUCUGAAGGAGAGGCACCAUGUCAUGCCCACAGUCCACACAAUGCUCAGGUCUCCAGCCUUUAAGUGCAUCUACUGCUGUGGGGUCUACACUGGAAACAUGACCUCAGGAGCCAUUGCUGUCCACUUGCUCCGUUGUAGAAGUGCUCCCAAGGACAGCAGCUCAGACCUGCAAGUGCAGCCAGGUUUUAUUGAGAGCAGUGAACUGCUGUUGGUCAAUGGGGAAGUGAUCCCUGAUUCCACCUUCCCUGGAAAGAGGAAGCUGCCAGAAGGCCAGGUAGGGGUGGAAGACCAGAGAGGUGGUGAGGAGCCCCAGCUCACCCUGGAUACUGAUGCCAGUCCAGGGCCAGAGCAAGGGCUGAGCACUGUGCCUUUGAAGAGACAGAAGAAUGAGAGCAGGACAGAGGGCUCAGGGGCCAGUGAUGACUCACUGCACGUGUUAGCAUUAGACCCCACUCAGUAUGGAAGUCGAUCCUAUGAGGACAAAAAACAGUUUCUUAGGGAUUAUUUUCACAAGCGACCAUACCCUAGUAGAAAAGAAGUGGAGUUGCUGUCUUCACUGCUGUGGGUGUGGAAAAUUGACGUCCCUUCGUUUUUUUUGAAAAGAAGGUAUAUUUGCAUGAAAGCAAUAAAAACUCAAAAGCCCUCUGUACUUCUAGGUUUUGAUAUGUCUGAACUUAAAAAUGUCAAACACAGACUGAACUUUGAGUGUGAAUCACACAGCCUGUAGGAGAGUAAGUCUGAAGUCUGGCUGACUUUGGACUGAGCCCCACCCCCACCCUCUUGUGUUCUAAGUGUCUGUGGCCCUUCAAGGUGUUCCAGGUGCUCAGCCAGCCUGAAACGGAAGCACACACCUCCACAGAUGUACUGUUUUCUGCAGUUCGGUUUGCAGCUGUUGGAGUUUCUCCUUCUGUCAUGUAAAUUGAAUCUUUGGUAUUCCAUGCACGCUUGCUUUGUUAUCCCAAGAGUGUCAGUGCUGCUGUAGUAACAACCUGAAACCUACAGAUACUUGCUUUUCAUUUUAGGAAAUUUCUGCUUGUUUGAGAAUACUUGAUUAAUAGGAAAUUAAAGCAUUGCUUCCCUGCAGUUUACAGACAGCAGCUAAUGACAGUACAUGUUGAGAGGAGUAUGUGGCUCCCUAAGGACACUCUUUUAAGCAUUAACUUCUGACUGUGAAUGCUGUCUGCUUAAAAGUACAAAUUUGAUUUACAUCUUUUCAGGUGUCCCCCCGACAGCUAUUUUUUUAAUAUUAUAAUUCAUAAAAAACCAAAUGUUUCCAUUUAUUAAAACUAUUCUGAGCCUGAGGUUUGGUGUGUAGUGAUAAUCAAGUGUUACUUUAUAAAUAAAGUCUCUGUAGGAACAGAAAUACUUUAUGGUGCAAACUGUCUCUUGCUGUAAUGACAAGUCAUUUUUCCAUUUAAAGGUAAGACAAAUCUUUAGUGCCUUUAGAAUAAACUGAGAACAGUGAGAAUGCUUUCUUCCUAGGAAGGAAGGACCGUGACACACACGGGAUCCCUGCUGUUGCAUGUAGACACAGCUUGAGGUGGAGUGUGGGUUUCAGGCAUAAGGUGACGGGCAGACCAGGAGCUCUGUGGGUCAGAUAGCUUGGGGUUGGUGUGUUAGAGUUGGAGAAAUGGACUUUCCUCUGGCCUCGGUAGGUGUUCAGGUGAAGGGGAUGGUGGACUGAUGAAUCUUCACAGUUCUCUGGAUGCCAAAUCAUGUUUUUUCCCCAUGAUAGGAAAUAAUGUAAAACACUAGAACUGGUAAUGAGGACCAGCCAGCUCUGGUCAGAAUCAUCCCUUGGGUGAUGCGCAGCAAGCAGUGGGGAUGGCACACU